AACAAUUUUUAUCAACAACGGACCAAGCAAAAUAAGCAGAUUUAGCUUGACUAACAAUUUGACUUUGGCUGGAGAAAAAAGUUUUUAAAGAUGCCGGCUCACUGCGCUGUAGUGAAUUGCACUCAUAAAUAUGUACACGCUGGCAGUAUUUCAUUCCACAGAUUUCCCUUUAAACGGAAAGACCUUCUCCAAAAAUGGAAAGACUUUACGCAAAGGAGUGGUCAGUGGAUGCCCUCUAAAUGGAGUGCAGUGUGCAGUCGUCACUUUGUGGACGAAGACUUCAAUUGCUGUAAUAACAGAAAAACUCUCAAAAAGAAUGCCGUGCCUUCGGUUAGAGUUUCAGAAGAGGACUCCUUGACUGUUCACGUGGAACAAGUAUCCCCCAGCAGCAGGCCAACCCAUAAGCAAACCCUCGCCAGUGCCGCUGAAUCGCCGGCAACAGGUGUUAAAUCCACCUGCCGUUUUUGCGGCUCCUCGGCCACAAAUUGCUCAUCGUUUGACAAGAGUUUCGAGCUCUUUGGCAUGAUCCAAAAGUGCUUUCCCACUCUCCAGAUCUUGCAGGACGACACCUUACCUAAGGAUAUAUGCAAGGAGUGCUGCCUGCAACUAGAGCGCUUUUCCCAGUUCAUCGAUGUGGUGAUGCUGGCACAGAGUGAAUUGCAAAAGAAAUACCGUCGACAGCUGAAAAUUAAACAAGAACCCUUGGUCCGUGUUAAGCAGGAGGCCUGCGAGAGUCUGGACAAUCUGUUUCCCGAUGAACUGGACAUGGGCUUGGAGCAGGACGAGGGUUGCGACCAGGAGGAGACAGAGCAAAAGUUUCAGUUCUGUGAUUUUCCCAUUCUGAAUUCCCAGGACAUCAUAAACAAUUGCGAUAUCAUGGAGAUUAUCAACUUAGAUGAUCCGUUUAUCAAUAUCCCGGACGAUGCCGAUGUGGGCCAAUCGGAGAGAACGCAACCGGGUAGGACGGCUAAUGAAAUGCUGCAAAACGAACUGCUGACCGAGGAGCAUAAUUAUGCGAAGGAGGAGUGGCAACUGCCCCCGCAUCAGUACAAAACAGAGAAGGUCGAAGGAGCGGAGGCUGCUCCGGAUACUGCCCCACCGCCUGCCGAUCCUCCUCCUCUUCCGGAACCUAUACCACCUCUAUCCGCUCCCGAAACCCGUUCCUGCAAACCCAUUGUGACCAAUGUAAGCCAGAUACCCAAUCCGUUAAUCUGCGAACUAUUGCCACCACCUGCUCCUCCCACUUCAACGAAACCCAAUAUUGUGGUACUUAACGAUAGUGUGGUCGAAUCCUCAGCUGCCUUCAGACUGCACAACUGCACCUUGUGCACAGCGAAAUUUAUAACCAUUGACAGCUUGAAUCAGCAUUAUACCCAUAGCCACGGUAAUUCCACCCCUAUGGUGAGUGUUCCUCCCAUGAACAUUAGCCUGCCCAGCCUCACAAUAAACGCCCCCAUGAAACUGGAGGGCAACAGAGGCUUUGUGACAACUGAGCAUUUGGAUUACUGGCAGCCACAGUGGCAGAAUAGUCCGGUAUCCACGCAACCCAGGAAAAAGAUUGACAUACUGGACAUGCAGAGCAGUUUCCUGCACCACAAGGACCUCAUACCAACAGCUACUCAACUAACAGCACCUACACCUGAUCCUCAAUUGGUUGCAAUGACCGCUAACUAUGCCAAACUGGCUGUUAAAUAUCGCAAAUUGCAUCUCAAAUGCCAAAAGAUGAAAACACCUAAAAAAAGGCAUCGAAAAUCGUAUAAUUGUCGAAUGUGCAAAAGAAGUUUCUCGAGCUUGGGAAAAUUACACCACCACCGACGUGAAAGAAAACACUUUGUUAAGCUAACGCCCAACUUUUCCGCCCGUUGCUGUGGUUGUCUAAAGUUCUUUCGAUCCCGCCUGGGACUUCGCCAGCAUAUGCGGUACAUUUGUCAAUCGUUGUCGCUGAAAAAUCAUCGGCGCCUUCAGAGCUUCAAGUGCCGGCACUGCCAGGCGAUCGCCUUCGCUCAUUGGCGCCUGUAUCGUCGUCACGAGCUCAAUUGUAGACCCAGAAAAUCCAAAGCAAAAGUACAUAUGGUAACCAAUUUGAAAAAGAAAGUUACGCCCGCCCAGAUUUUUGAGUGCAAUAUUUGUAAAAAGUCAUUUGGAUCGCUGAACGGACUGCGCCAGCAUAACAUCACACACACGACGGAACGGCAGCACAAGUGCGGGAUCUGCGAGCGGGUCUUCAAGAGGCGCAACGGCCUAUCCCAACACAUUAAAGGUUACCACCUGCAGCUCAAGCCGCAUGAGUGUCCCGUCUGCCAGCAUUGCUAUGCCCUGAAAUGCGAUAUGCUGAGAUGCCGACAUUCACUUCGAAAAGGUCCAAUUGCCGGAGAAUGAGGGGAUGUCCAGGAGAUGACUUAAAAUGGGAAAAGAAGUGCAUUCCCAGGUAGCAAAAUGUUCUAGUUCAGUUCUGGAAAACCAUGGUGCUCUAUUACCACGAUGAUUUCUAACAACCUCAACAUAAAGUCACUCCAUGGGGUACUUAGAUGGUGGUCUCACACUCAAGGCGUUGAAGAGUUCGCAGCGGGAAUUAAUUCGGUGAUAAACAGUGGCACUUGUGAUAUAAACAACUCUUAGGAACAACGC